ACUCGUUAAGUUAAUCAUAGGUUAAAUUAAUUAUAGAUUAAAAUUUGACGUAGAUCCUUAGGUAUUUCUCUCCAUAUCUGGGUCGCAGAAUCUUGUCAGCAAAGGAAACACUCACGCAUGCGUGUUAAAUUCCUGAAAAAAAGGAGGCACUCGUUUUCAAAAGGCAGCGAGGAUUUUCGCGCCCGUACACAUACACUUCGUACGUCGGUGGAUUCGUGCCUGCUGCGGCGCGCAUGCGCGCCAGAGCAUUCCGGGUGGGAGAUACAAUUUCGCGUGGCACUCGUCGCGUGGUAGCGUGUCUUUUUAACCUUUAUAAAGCGGUGCAUGCACACCAGAUUGCAGAGUUAUUCCGCCAUAGGAGCUGCCGGUAUCUUCUCUUUCAUUGCUCGAGGCUGUUCAGGUGCGGUGUAGUUUCUGAAGUAGCCGUGGAAGUCGAAAUAGAUCGCUGAAGUGAAAAGGAAGGAGAUAGCAUAGCGUUUCGUUCCGGAUAAAAUUUUCCAUCGCGGAAAAUUCGGAAGAACCACGAUGGAUCUUACACUCCGUGUAAAUUCCUACGAUCCUUCGAAAGAAUUGAUAAUAGCCACUGAGCUGAUUAAAUCUCAAAAGCAGCAUAAUGUGACAAUAAUCUGGCAGAAAGAAUUGGACGAACAAGGAAAGGCUGGUUUAUAUGACAACACAAAUGAUAAACUAUUACUAACACGUAGUAAUGACAUUGUUCGUUUUCUGGCAAGAACACUGGACCCAAAACUUUAUGGUGAUAUUAAAAAAAGUCCUCCUUCAUGGGGCUCGGCACAAGAAAGAACAGAAGUUGAUCAUUGGAUAUCGUUUGCAAUUGGACAAUUGUCAGCAGAUGUGUUGGAUUCAUCUAAUUUUGAGUAUCUGGAUCAUAUACUACAGACACGGACAUGGCUGGUCGCUAAAGUAAUCACAUUGGCUGACAUUUAUGUGUUCUGCGUUCUGUUGAAUAGAGAUGUUACCAAGACAUAUAGUGACAAAUAUCGCAACAUCGCUAGAUGGUUUGAACAGACAUCGAAGCACGAAGGUGUUUCUGUGGGAUUGCGUCAAGUUGAAUUAAACAGUAUUGCACCCGCCAAGCCAAACGUUGCUAACGCAAACGUGAGAAAACAAGAAGGCAAAUUUAUCGAUUUACCUGGAGCAGAAAUGGGCAAGGUAGUAGUGAGAUUCCCGCCCGAGGCAAGUGGCUACUUGCACAUUGGCCAUGCCAAAGCAGCUCUCUUAAAUCAAUAUUACGCCGAGGCUUUCCAAGGACAACUCAUUAUGAGAUUCGACGAUACUAAUCCGGCAAAAGAAACUGUGGAAUUCGAGAAUGCUAUACUGGAGGACUUGAAGUCGCUGGAAAUCAAGCCCGAUCAAUUCACGCACACUUCGGAUUACUUCGACGUGAUAAAGAAGUAUUGUACUGCUCUGAUUGAAAGUGGACACGCUUAUGUGGAUGACACCCCGGCGCAUGUUAUGAAGGAGCAGCGCGAACAAAAAGUGAAAUCCGACAACCGAGAUAACACCGUUGAGAAAAAUCUCGCGUUAUGGGAGGAAAUGCGACGCGGCACCGAGAAGGGUCAGGAAUGCUGUGUCCGAGCGAAGAUUGAUUACGAGUCGAUGAACGGGUGCAUGCGCGACCCAACGAUCUAUCGUUGCAAGUCGGAACCUCAUCCACGUACUGGAGACAAAUACAAGGUAUACCCCACGUAUGACUUCGCCUGUCCGAUCGUCGACUCCAUCGAGAACGUGACCCAUACGCUGCGCACGAUGGAGUAUCGCGACAGGGAUCCCCAGUUCGCCUGGAUACUGGAGGCUCUGGGGCUCCGUAAGCCGCACAUAUGGGAAUAUUCACGUCUUAACAUGACCCACACGGUCCUGUCCAAGCGAAAGCUCACGUGGUUCGUGAACGAAGGCUUUGUGGACGGAUGGGACGAUCCUCGCUUCCCGACGGUCAGGGGUAUUCUGAGACGAGGAAUGACGGUCGAAGGCUUGAAACAAUUCAUCAUCGCGCAAGGCAGCUCCAAGUCCGUAGUCUUUAUGCACUGGGACAAGAUCUGGGCCUUCAACAAGAAGGUCAUCGAUCCGAUCGCUGUCCGAUACACCGCGUUGGACAGCGAUAAAACCGUGCCGGUUGAGGUGAUGGACGCCAAGGAGGAGUGGUUAACCGUGCAGAACCACCCGAAAGAUCCGUCGAAAGGUACUAAGCGAGUGCGAGUGGGGCCUAAGAUAUUCAUAGAGAAGGAGGACGCCGAGAGUUUGGUCGAAGGGCAGAACACGACCUUCAUUAGCUGGGGUAAUCUAACGAUAAGGAAGAUAGAGAAGAAGGACGGCACCGUCGUGGGUGUGAAGACGUCGUUGAAUCUGGACGAUAAGAAUUACAAGGACACCUUGAAGAUCACAUGGCUGGCCGCGCCAUUGGCGACCGAAUCCGACGAGAAGCCGGAGGAAGCUGACGCGGUACCGUGUUACGCCGUUUACUUCGACCACAUCAUGAGCGUGCCGGUCUUGGGCAAAGAUGACGAUUUCAAGAACUUCGUCGCCAAGGAGACGAGGAAGGAGGUCGAGAUGCUGGGUGAAGUUGAGUUGAAACGCGUGAAGAAGGGCGAGAUCAUCGAGCUCCGGAGGAAGGGCUUCUUCAUAUGCGACGUCCCCUACGCACCGGUCAGCCCUUACUCGUCGCGAGAACAAUCCGUCAUAUUGUUCCACAUACCCGACGGACGCAUGGCGCCGCCUUCUAAGGUUGCGAACGCUGCGCCAAGUAUGGCUGCGCCGAGCGCAAACGUACCAAGCGGCGAGCAGACGAGGAACGCUCAGGUGAUCAACGAGAAGAUCGUCGCCCAAGGAGACAAAGUACGCCGCUUGAAAACCGAGAAGGCGGACAAAGCUACCGUCGACGUGGAGGUUAAGGCCCUUUUGGCUUUGAAAGCAGAGUACAAGACCAGCACCGGGGAGGAUUGGAAGCCCGGUGUUGUCUCGAAGACACCGAAAGCGGAGAGCAACGAUGCUGUGGAACUGUCCGAGGAAAUUGCUCAGCAGCGGAACAAGGUAGCCGAACUGCAGAAGCAGUUGGACGAGGAACUGAAGAAGCUGCAGAAAUUAGAGGCCAAACGCAACGAGAAGAAGACCGACGCGGGAGACCGGAAGGGCGAUCGCACGCAGAAGCGACGGGAGGACAGAGCGAAGCAAAGAGCGGAAAGCGGUAAAGAGAAAUCUGUCGACGACGCGAAGACCGGCGACAAGGAAGCCGCGGAGAGAAUAUCCCAGGAGAUAGAGAAGCAAGGUGACAAAGUGCGGAGUCUGAAGAGCUCGAAGGCCGAGAAGAGCGUGGUUGAUCAGGAGGUGAAGACUCUCUUGUCCUUGAAGAACGACUACAAGAACGCGACCGGUCAGGAUUGGAAACCCGUAGCGACGUCGCUGUCGUCGUCGAACGCGACGCCCAAGAAGAAGAAGAAAGAAGAGCAGGCUAAAUCCGGUAAGACGGCGGAGAAGGAGGUCGCGAAGGCAAGUCCGGCGGCCGCCAAGGACGCGAACAAAACCGGCACGAGGCUGGGGCUGGAGGUGAGGAAGCUGGAGAACUUCUUCGAAUGGUAUUCCCAGGUGAUCACGAAGUGCGGCAUGAUCGAGUACUACGACGUGUCGGGCUGCUACAUUUUCCGUCCGUGGAGCUUCGCCAUCUGGAAGAUCAUAAAGGAAUACAUCGACCGCGACAUCACCGCGCUCGGCGUGCAGGAAUGCUACUUCCCGAUCUUCGUGACCCGCGCUGCGCUGGAGAAGGAGAAGCAGCACAUCGCCGACUUCGCGCCGGAGGUCGCCUGGGUGACCAAGUGCGGUAAGUCGGAUCUGGCGGAGCCGGUGGCGCUGCGACCCACCUCCGAGACCGUCAUGUAUCCGGCCUACGCUAAGUGGCUCAAGUCGGACACAGAGUUGCCGCUCAAGCUCAAUCAAUGGAACAACAUUGUGAGAUGGGAAUUCAAAGAUCCCAAACCCUUCCUGCGUACUCGAGAGUUCCUCUGGCAAGAGGGCCACACCGCGUUCGCCACAAAGGAAGAGGCGGACGAGGAGGUUCUGAUCAUCCUGGACUUGUACAGAAGGGUCUACGAGGAUCUGCUGGCGGUACCCGUCGUCAAGGGCCGCAAGACUGAGAAAGAGAAGUUCGCCGGUAGCGAUUACACCACCACCGUGGAAGCCUUCAUCUCAGCGAGCGGACGCGCUAUACAAGGCGCGACCAGUCACCAUCUGGGCCAAAUUUUUUCGACCAUGUUCAACAUCCAGGUGGAAGGCGCCGCAGAGGGCGACGAGAAGACGUUCGUCUAUCAAAACUCGUGGGGUCUGACCACGCGAACGAUCGGUGUCAUGAUAAUGGUGCACGGAGACGAUAGGGGUUUAGUGCUUCCGCCGAUGGUGGCCACCAUCCAAGCUAUCGUUGUGCCAUGCGGCAUCACCGCGAGCACGACAAUGGAGCAGAGAGAACAGCUUCAGUCCGAGUGCGUCAAGCUGGUCGAUGAACUGAGCAAGGACGGUAGAUUCCGAGUGAAGGGCGACUUCAGGGGCAACCGAACGCCCGGAUGGAAGUUCAAUCACUGGGAACUGAGAGGCGUGCCCGUGAGAAUAGAAAUAGGCCCGGCGGAGGUGCAGAAACGUCAGGUUACUUUUGUACGCAGAGACAACUUCGAAAAGCACACUACCGCGAGGGACCAGGUGAUCCCGUCGUUGGAUUCCUUGUUGAAGGAUAUACAGUCGAGGCUGUUCAACAAAGCGAGAGAAGAUCUCGAGAUGCACAUCAAACGAGCGGAGACCUGGGCCGAUUUUUGUCGUCAUCUCGAUAACAACAAUUUGGUGUUGUCACCUUUCUGCGGAAAACCGUCGUGCGAGGAUAACAUCAAGGCGGAUAGCGCGAGAGGCGACACCAGCGAGGAGAUCGGCGCGCUCUCGAUGGGCGCCAAGAGUCUCUGCAUACCGUUCGAGCAGCCGGAGCUGACGAAAUCACUAGACGAAAUGAAAUGCAUUCAUGACGACUGCAGGGACAAACCGAAAUAUUACACUCUCUUCGGACGUAGCUAUUGAAACGUUUCUGAUGAAAAGGAAGCUCGCGAGUCUCUUUUCAGUUCGUUUUUAUACACGUGAGUAACACGAAGUUUGUAAUUGUACGGUACGAAGAUCGUGCUGAGGUUUAUAGUCGCAUUUUUUAUUUAUUAUGGUAUGUCAGCAGUCCGAUUUUCCUUCCAGAUAUAUAAUAAAUCACAUUUGAUAAUUC